UUUGAGCCGUGCUGCAGUAAGCACCGCUCCCAAAUUCGCUCCCGAAAAAAUCAGCGCGUGUGCCUGAAAAUAUUUUAAUGUACGUGCGUGUGUGCUUUGUGUGAACAAUAAUAAUAAUAAUAAAAUAGGAAAAGCCAGAUUUUCCAAAAGCAAUUUAAAGUGGAGCGGCUAUAAAUAGGCAGCGUACAAGGAACCCGCACGUUUUCCGCUUAUCAAAGACCAAGAGACGAUAAUGCCGGUGAAAGAGAUUCUCCAGCGGUGCAGGCCGAUCCCCCUGUACACCGUACUCAUACUUUCGAUCUGCUACUUCGUGCUCCAACUGAUCCUCAGCCACCUGACCCAUGGACUCACACUCCUGAUGGCCUCCCAUCACAAUUUGUGCAACAUCUUCGCACUCGGCGGCUGCAUGAUCACAAUUAAGCAUAGUAAACAAAAACCGGAGGCCAAAGAUUCUCCUCUCGUUCAGACCAAGUUAAAUGGCAAUGGUUCCGGGGUGGUUGUCAACGUGGCCGAAACGGAGGCCCAAACCCGGGCCAAAAGAGAGUGCCGGGAGCAGAAGCUGCGUAAUACCUUUGGCUGGGCCAGGAUUGAUAUCUUGACCAUGCUGAUUGUGUUUAUUAUCCUGGCCUCGUUAUCCUUUUCGCUAAUAGUGGAGGCCCUGCAGACUCUAGUACACAUCGAUCAUCAGGAUACGAUGCAUCUUCCGAUACCCGUGAUGAUGUUGGGUUUCGUGGGCCUCAUCCUGAAUGGACUGACAUAUCUGCUAAUUGGAGGAUACACCCUGCAUCAGGGAAGUUUUCUUCACUUGACACCCGGAGGAAAUGUGGUCCUCGAGCGUCCCAUGUCGAGCAAUUUGGACCUAUCCCUCACACCGAUGCAAAGGCAACUCAGUAAAGCCCGGAAUGAUCGUGAGUUACGAGAGGAACUGGAGACGGAAGUGGGUAGUGUUUACUUCGCCACCAAACGUCAGGGAGCCGUGGAAAUGCUACGCGAUGUGUCCAGUACCAUAUUUGUGAUCGUUUGUGCCGGCAUCGUCUAUGUGGCUGAGGAUGAGCAGCAUACGGCCAAGUUUAUCGAUCCCGUGCUCUCCAUUUUCUCCUGUAUCCUGCUGGUGACGCUCAGUUAUCCCUACAUGAAAGAAUCGUGUCUGAUCCUUCUGCAAACCAUUCCUGGUUCCAUCGACCUAGAGAUCUUUGAACGAACACUAGUCACCAAGUUCCCGGAGAUUAUCAGUUAUCAUGACUUACACAUAUGGCAGUUGGCGGCCCAUCGAUAUGUGGCCACCAUACACAUCCAGUUCCAGAAUCCCAAACUCUACCUCAAGAUCAUCGAACAGGUGCGGGCUUAUUUCCACGAUCAGGGAAUCGGAGCGGUCACAAUCCAGCCGGAGUUCUAUCCGUCCACCAAUAGAAAUGCUUCUGCAUCACUGGAAUGCCUGAUGCAGUGCCAGGCGGCGGAAUGCAUCGAAAAAGUUUGCUGCAGGGACUCCCGCACUGAUCUUCGCGAGAUUUGUGAUGCUCCCGGAGGCGGAAAGUCAUCUUAUCCAGCCAAAUGUGAAGGCAACGGACACGAUCACAGCAGGAUCAAAUCCAAAUCCUGUGCCGAACUAAGUGCAGUGAUUGUGGAGAAGCCCAAGGAACUGGAUGCAGCUCAGUUGCUAAGGGGACAAGAUCAGGAAGUGGUGAAAUCCAUGCCCAAGCUGCAACAUACAUUAUUCGACGCGGAAGAAACUGGUUUGGAUAUUUCUUUAAUUGAAGCUGAUACAGCCAAAUCAAUGGACAGACCACCUCCUCCAACGAGUAGCGAUUGAUUCACCUUCAAUAACUAUAGUAUUGAAUCAAGGCUUAACGAUUUUAGUUAGUUCUUAAGUUAGUUUACGAAUUUGCCAUAUAGAUAUAUGGAUAAAUAGAUGACGGAGCUAAUUUCUUAAGUGUGACGCUUAAAUGCACAGGAAACGAACACUUGUCACAA